AUGGAUACACAUUUUGAGGAUGACCCAUUCUUCACCACUCUCUUACAAAGUGGGGGAGGAGGUUGUAAUAGCACCCCAAUGCAACAUUCUAAUGUUGUGAUCCAAGCAACCACGACUGACGAUGAAAAGAGGCAUCAUUCAAAAAAAGUUCAAAGAGGUGCAUCUUUCACUGUAGAGGAGGAUAAUCUCCUCGUAUCAGCUUGGCUCAACAUUAGUAUUGAUGCGAUCAGGGGUACUGAUCAAAAGUCAACUCAAAUGUGGGAAAGAAUUACCACAUUUUACCAUGAAUAUAAAAAAUCAAACAUUGUUGACCGUUCUGAGGGCUCAUUGAUGAAUCGAUGGUCCACGAUUCAAAAAUUGACAAAUAAGUUCUGUGCAUAUAUAGCACAGGUAGAGUCAUUGCACCCGAGUGGUGCAACCGAGCAAGACAAGAUUGAGAAGGCCAAGAUGUUGUACAAAGAGAUGGUAGGCUCUAAUUUUACAAUGGAACAUUGUUGGUGUCUUUUGAGACACCAACCAAAAUGGCAGCAACACAUAUCUACCUUUGGUAAGAAGAGAAAGCCACAAGAAAAAUAUGUUGGUGAAGUUGAUGUUGAUUUAGCCGAGGAGGACCUGGAGGUUCUUACUGAGAGACCUCCAGGAAAAAAAGUAGAGAAAGAAAGGGAGAGGAAGCGGAAGUCGAUGGAAGGCAAAGAGGUAGAGAUCAAAAAAGCGUUAGCUAAAAUGACCGAGGAUAGAGCGACGUCGAUGGAAGAGCGGAGAAAUGCUAUGUUGAAAGCAGACGAAAAAAGUGAGAAAUCCGGGAUUUCUCAAGCUGUUAUUGGGUUUUCUCUUCGGUGUUUGGAUACUUUCAAACCGAAAGGAAACCCCUGGAAAAUUAAGCGAUUUUUAAAUUUCCUGACAGAUGAUACUUUGACAAAGCUAAAGCCUCCAGACAACGCCCUGUGA